AUGAUUAGAACAAUUAAACCAAAAAAUGCUCGUUCUAAAAGAGCUCUUGCAAAGAAAGAAGCUAAAUUAGUGGAAAAUACAAAGUCUGCUCUUUUCGUCCCAGGAGCAACCAGUAAUAAACUUUUACAUGAUGCCAUGUGUGAUUUAAUGGCUCUUAAGAAACCAGAAGCUAAGAAAUUCUCGAAAAAGAAUGAAAUACGUCCGUUUGAAGAUGCUGCCCAAUUAGAAUUCUUUUCUGAAAAGAAUGAUAGUUCAUUAAUGGUAUUUUCAACUCAUAAUAAGAAACGUCCAAAUACUUUAGUUUUCACAAGAUUCUUUAAUCAUAAAGUAUUUGAUAUGAUUGAAUUAUCUAUUCAACAGAAUCAUAAAUUAUUACAAGAUUUUAAAAAAUUAACUUUUAGUAUUGGAUUAAAACCAAUGUUUGUAUUUAAUGGUCCUGCAUUUGAUAACCAUCCAGUAUUUCAACAAUUAAAAUCUUUAUUUUUGGAUUUCUAUAGAGGUGAAGAAACUGAUUUACAAGAUGUUGCUGGAUUACAAUAUGUUAUUGCAUUAUCUGCUGGAGAAAUUGAAGAUUUAAAUAAUGAAAAGUCAUUACCAUUAUUACAUUUUAGAGUAUAUAAAUUAAAAACUUAUAGAUCAGGACAAAAAUUACCAAGAGUUGAAUUAGAUGAAAUUGGACCAAGAUUCGAUUUUAAGAUUGGAAGAAGAUUGACUCCUGCUCCAGAAGUUGAAAAGGAAGCUUAUAGAAAACCUAAACAAUUACAACCUAAAGAAAAGAAGAAUGUUUCUACUGAUUUCAUGGGUGAUAAAGUGGCUCAAAUUCAUGUUGGUAAGCAAGAUUUAGGUAAAUUACAAACUAGAAAGAUGAAGGGGUUGAAAGCUAAAUAUGAUCAAUUAAGUGAGGAUGAAGAUGGAGAAGGUGAAGAAGAAAUAUAUGAUGACUUUGCUGAUGAAAUUGAAAGUGAUAUUGAAGAUGAUGAACCUCAACCAAAGAAACAAAGAAAAUAA